AUGUAUAAUGUGAGAGUGUGUGGCAACCUCUCUUGUCUGUCUGCUGAGUCCUUUGGUUUUGUGUGGUUAGUUAUGUCUGUCUAUCACCUGACCUGA